AUGGCAAGCAGUACGGAGGAUUAUGGCUCGGAGCUGCAGGAACUACAGUGGGAUGGUGGCGGCAUAGCCAGUAUCGGGGGUGGAGGAGGAGGAUCAUCAACGCAUUUUUUACGGAGCAGCACUAAUUUAUUGCGAAAUACUGGAGGUAGUAGUACAGUCGGUUGCUACGAAGCCGAAGACUUGGAUCCAAUAAGUGGUGGUGGUGGUGGUGGUGUUGGUGCCAGUAUAAGUAGUAGUAAUAGUAGUAGACACAUCGGACACAACAGAGGUUACUACAGUCCUCCAGGUACCAGUUACACUAUUGUAGAAAGACCGCCAAGUGCACCCCAUCAUCAUUCAUCUCACACAACGCCUUAUCGACAUCAUCGGGGUCAUACUACUAAUUCCAGCGGCGCUAUAUCACCUGAACAAGUUUUACGAAUUUUCAACAAUGGAGUCGCUGAAAGAAGACAAAAUGAACGCAGAACACCCGCGUCAAGUCCAGCAAGUGUUUCGGCAUUACGUGGUACUAAUUCAACACUUCCGUCAUCAUCCUCAGCUAUUCCGGGAGGACAAAUAGCUCCAACAAGUCCAACAUCACAAUCCUCAGUUCCACAAGCUUUAAGUCUUCAAGAGCUUACUGUUAGGACUAUAACAAUGACUCGUGAUCCGCCAGAUUCACAUCACGGAUUUGGUAUUUGUGUCAAGGGUGGUAAAGAUGCAGGUGUAGGAGUUUAUAUUUCAAGGGUAGAAGAAGGCUCUGUUGCUGAAAGGGCUGGAUUGAGACCAGGCGAUACUAUUUUGGAAGUCAAUGGGACACCUUUUCGUGCUGUUACACAUGAAGAAGCACUUAAGAUGUUAAAGUCAUGCAGAACACUGAGUAUGACGGUACGUGGACCGGCAUUGGAUCCGCGAUGUCGGGGAGGUCAUCCGAUAUGGACUACUGGAUCGGGAAGACAACAAUCUUGUUCGUGGAUGGAUCGUCAGGGUCGUCCAGCGUCACCGCCGCCUUUGCAUCCGCAUGAUUCACGAUAUGGAUCGCGAACUCGCAAAGUUGAACUUUGCAUUGAACCCGGACAAUCAUUGGGUCUGAUGAUACGUGGGGGAUUAGAAUAUGGUUUAGGAAUUUAUGUUACUGGUGUUGAUAAAGAUAGUGUUGCUGAUCGUGCUGGUCUUUUGGUAGGUGAUCAAAUAAUACAAGUUAAUGGUACAAGUUUUGAAGAAGCAACACAUGAUGAAGCUGUAGAAAUACUCAAAACAAAUAAACGUAUGAGCUUAAUAAUAAGAGACGUCGGUAAAGUACCACAUUCAUGUACAACAAGUAGACCAAUUGUUGUACCAAGGUAUCCAAACACUGAUCAUGAUCCGCAAUCUAUUUUAUCAAGUCCUGGAAAUAAUAAUCCACCUAGUCCAACAAAUACAAAUGAAUGGAGGCAUCGUGGAGUGCACACACUAUCAUCAGCAACAGCCUCAAUGGUAGAAGAAAAAGCACGUGUCGUUUUAGCGCGAAGUGAACGUGUUGCAUUAACUCAAUUAAUUGGUGAUUAUAGAACUCGAAGAUUAAAUAUUCAAGAUCUUGUUGCUAAUCUUGCCGAUUUACUCAAUACGCAAGAAAAAUUAACGCUAUUAACAGAAUUACGUGAAGUUAUUGACAGUAAAGAUCGAGCAAUAUUUGAUGAGCUCGUUUAUCGGCCAAGAGCUUCUUCUUCAGCCAGACGACAAAAAGGCGACAGAGCACAUUCAGACCUUAUUGUGACACCUUCGAUACAUGAUUUACCGAGGGGUGUUCAAAGCAGUUCAUCCUGUCGUCCAGGACGGCUGAUGGAUUUGGAGGGAGACCCAUUGGGUGUCACUGGUCCACUACCACCUCGAGAUAAUCAGGAAUACAGAUCCCCGAGUGAGGACAGCGGUCUUGGUUCUGACAUGCCUCGUACGAGGGCUGGAUGCAGACGUACACAACAUCAAGUCGCCACAUCUGACCUUACACUCUCUAAUGAUGACGAGUACGACAAUCAGGAUUAUGAUGAUGAAAUUGAUAACGAUAGAGGUCGAAGGCAUAGUUCACCCGGAGGAUCAAGAAGUAAUCAACGGGACUAUUCUUCUCAUCAUAAUUUGUAUCCAGAUAAUUUGGAAAACGACGGCGUUUGUGAGAGUAGCGACGUCGAGAUGAUCGGUAAUGGUCGUCGCGACCGCGAAACUGAGGAUGAGGAAGAAGGAAGGGAAGAAAGGAGCUCGGAGGGUGGAAGUGUAGGAGGUUUCGGUGGUUGGAGAUCACACCUUCUUGGUGGUCUUACCCAACGUGUCAAGUCCUGGUAUUGGGGCGCCAGACCCCUAGAGCUUGCGCACAAAUUGUCUCGAAGUUUUGAUAUGCAAGAAGCGCAAUUGUUGGAAGAAGGGGCCACUAAAUCGGGUGGGACCACCGGUAAUCAAGGUGGGAAUGGACCACCAAGACGUCAUCACAGCGCACAAAGAUUAUCUCGAAAUGAUAUUGGGGAGAGACUUCAAAAAGAUGGUGCUCUUGUUGUACCAGAUCAUCAGGGUAAUUUACGUAUUACUGUUAAGAAAACUAAGUCAAUACUAGGUAUUGCUAUUGAAGGCGGUGCUAAUACUAAACAUCCAUUACCACGUAUUAUUAAUAUACAUGAUAAUGGAGCUGCUUUUGAAGCUGGUGGACUACAUCAUCAAGAAGUAGCACGACUUAUCGCCGAAUCAUUUGCAAGACGUGACCGAAAUGAAAUAGAGUUCCUGGUGGUAGAGGCUAAAAAAAGUAAUUUAGAACCAAAGCCUACGGCUUUAAUAUUCUUGGAAGCUUUUAUCAGAGCUUUAAUAUUUAAUGAUGACCUCAAAGGAGCUGAGACCUGA